GAGUCCCACCUGCUCCAGCAGCCUUUAAAUUUUCCCGUGAUCUUACCUCCCGUUCUGCAGCCGGAGUCUAACCACUGUGCUUUUCCAGACACUCUUGUCAUCUGCUUUCGGCGGGAAAUGCUGUUGCUUGAUCACAACCUGGAGGUGGAUGGUCUGCAGCAUCUGCUGGAAACGGGGGCCUCGGUCUACGCACCCCUGGAUUCCUCCCAGUAGCAGUCGCCUGUUCAUUUGGCCGCAAGUGGCGGCCUUGCGUGCUUCCUUCUCUGGCAGCUGCAAACUGGCGCUGACCUCAACCAGCAGGAUAUUUUGGGCGAAGCUCCACUACACAAGGCAGCAAAAGUUGGAAGCCUGGAAUGCCUUAGCCUGCUUGUAGCCAAAGAUGCUCAAAUUGAUUUAUGUAAUAAGAAUGAAACAGCAGAAGAUCCUGCUUGGUAAUAUGGAGUUCCAGAAUGUGCCAAGUUUCUUACAACAAGUAAAUGUAUACAGAUCGGCGCCUUUUGA